AUGACGAGGCAACACUCCAACGCCUUCCUCCCCUCUGGAGGCUUCGACCGUGAUGACCUGCUCGGAGCUUCACCCUCCCGCAGCCAAGCCGAGCCCUCCAUCCCCUACGACCUGCAACCCAUCUACGAAUACCACACGCACUCCACGGGCGCCGCCGCAGCCCCCCGCUUCGCUGCUCCCUCCGCGCCACACUUCAACUAUACGUCCUCUCACAUGCCCCUUGCCUCUUCCUCCUCCUCCUCUCUCAAUCCCUCCUUCCGUCGCGACAGCAGCCUCUCGCCCACCGAUAUUGGCAUCGCCAGGGCACCCCGGCCCUCAAUGCUGCCUCCUCCUGCCGGCAGUCUGGGCCGCGAUGCUCUCUCGCCUAGCCUGGCUGUCGCCACGUCGCUCUCCCGCUCGGCCUCUGCAGACGCCGCCGCGCCGCAGCAAACCUCGCUGCAUCUCGUGCAGCGCCUCGCGCAGCAAAACUCGCUGAUCCGCGAGGCCUGGGAGGCCGAACGCAAAUACCUCGAGGCGAAUCGGAAACGGGCCGAGGAAGUCUACCAGGAGGAGCGCACCAUUAUGGAGGACAUGCGCGAAUCAUGGCUCAAUGAAAAGGCCGCCAUGCAUCGCGAGGUGCACGCGCUGCGCGACCGUGUCCAGCAUCUCGAGAGCGAAAAUGCUGGCCUGCGGUCGGUGACCUCACCUGGCAGUCAAUGGAGCGGCUUGGUCUCGCCCUCCGCCGGUGCCAAGCUGCACGCCCACUCGCUGCCACCUGGCCUGGAGGGUGCUGCGCGGCGACCACACUUUCUCAGCAGCAACGGAUCGCGUGCCUCUCCGACGGGGAAUCCUGAGCAGCUUGCAUCCAUGCCCCUCGACCCGCGCACCCAACCCGAGACGUCGUCUGCACGGGACUUUCUUGCUUUCCGCAAGAAGACUAGCGACGUCCCCAUCCCGCUCAUCGACGUCCACGAGAUCGACCCGAAACUGGACGGCAUAUUCAUCAAGGCCAACGCCGUCCGCGACACCUUUACCCAGUCCUCUGUCAAGUCCUCGCCCGCCACGUCACCACCCACCGACCAGAGCUCCUCGGAGCAGGCAGGCGUCGGCCUCACUCGUCGAUCCUCGUCCAAAGCGCAGACGAUGCAAGCACUCGCAGCCGGCGAGAUGCGCCGCAGAACCAUGCACGCGGGACACACGCCCAACCACUCGCUGUCUCUUUUCCCCACCAUGACGACGCUCGACGGCAGCAUGACGGCUGGUCAAAGCGAGGCGACGACGCCGACGGCACUAAACAAACCGGUCGAACAAGACGACGAAGAGCCGCCGACCCAGCCCGUCCCAGAACCAGAGCACGUCGACGUUGCACCAGAGGAGGACAAGCUACCAGACGCGCUAAUCGAUGACGUCGACGAGACGCAGCUGGAGCCGCGCCUGGAGCCCAAGGACGACGUCCCUCUCAAAGGCCCUCUGAUGGUCAAGAACAUCCCCGCGCAAGACGAGAUUUUCUGGGCCCGCGUCAAUCAGAAGCUGGAAGGCAUCAGCCACAGUAAAGAGGAAGCGCUACCGACCGUCAUCAAGUCGCAACUCGCAGACGACGACGACAAGCCAAAGACCAACGGCAGCGCGUCUGAUGAGCUCGACGCCGCGACCAAGCCUGUCGAGGCCGACGUUCCCUUGAAGAUGCGCACGACAACCAACUUUGGCGCUCCGUUUGGCGUGGCAUAG